UGCGUGGAUAUUCACCAUAGGCUUUGCAAGAUUAAUACCAGGUACAAAAGUUGGGCCAUUUCAAAAGCAGUGUAUGUGGCCAAAAAAUGGACGGUUGAUUCUUAGCUUGGCAGGACCUGAGGGACGGGUGGGCGAUGCUAGUCACUGGUUGCCUCUCCAGCACGUCAGGACAAAAGCCAGUCAUUAUAUAUUGAAAUACUCUGGAAUAAUGUUCUGUAUCCUUUGGAGACAUUGAAAAGUUGAAUUAACAGCAAACAAGUCAACCCAAGGCCUUAUUUUUGCCAGCCUUCAUCUAGGAUAUUAAGGUAUUGCCCUGGAGAACGUUUUAAUUUCCUUUCUGUGUGAUUAAGGAAACCUUACUUUGCCAGUUCUAUUAUUGACAAAUUUGCAACAACACUGUUUGGUAAUUGUUGACUAUUUAGUUGAACGCUGUGCUCAGCAGAAUGUCAUGAGCUCCACCUUCUGAUCAGGGUCAAGACUGUAGAGAGAGGCAGCGAUCCGUUUCUUUUCCUGUGGCCCAGAGAUCUUUGCCUACGUGUAAGUCCAUUUCAUGCUGUACUGGUUUCCUUCGCACCUUAUCUAUGACUCAGCAUUGGAAAUAUGCACACCUUAGAUAAUCCGGUUCCAUACUGCUUUCUUACUUCUCCAGCAGGGCCCCACUAAAACUGCAUAAUAUUUAACUAGCGUGCGAUUCUCAAGGUCACAUGUAAAGUUUAACUCCCUGAACUCAGGUGUGAGCAUGCCCUGACAAUUCCUCUGCCGAGUGUUCCAUGCCUUAAAUUACCAUGAAUCUAUUUGCUUGUGUGAAAAUCCUAGUGAUCAGGUAGUGACCAUGGCUUGGAGAUCUGUGUUAUUUGAGAAAUGUUCCAAACUAUUUUAAAAGACAAAUUUGGAAAGAAUUUUAUGAAGGUGUUUUAGGCAUGCAGUCUUUUCUCUCUCUCAGUCAAUUACUGGAUCAUAUCUUAUGCCUGCUGUUUUGAAUAGGGGUCAAAAUAGUUUAGAGAUUUUCAAGCUUUUUCUUUGAGUGUGCAAGACCCCACAUUAGUUGCUGUUUCUUAAGAGAAAAAUUUACAGGCUAGAGGGGAGGGGCUCCCUGACCGUACUUGAAAGGCACCUUGCUGAGUCUCUCCUGACUGGUGUUUGCUUUCUGUUUGUUCUGAUUUGCUGAGCCACCAGUAGUUUCAAAGGUUAAUGCAAACUUCAGUAGUUUGCCUUUCGGAAAGCACUGCCUUUCGGAAAGCAGUGUUAAAGUGAAGAUGCAGUAAAUCUCAGGGUUUGCCUUGAAAGCUCAUGGGUGUUGUAAUUCGACAGUGAGCAGUCCUGUUUGUCUAAGAGGAUUGGUGGCCAGAAAUAAGCCACGGUGUCUAAUGAGACACAGGGACCCAUCUGGGCAAGAUGCCACAGCAUUUCUUGCGGAUGCCUUUCUCAUAAGCAACAUGGCCACUGGCUGAAGAGGAUGGUCACAGAGUCUGAGGAAUUAGAGGUCAGAGUGGAGUUUUUGGGCUCAGGAAGAAGGAGGCCUAAGGAAGCCCUAGAUUUUGAAAUGAGUGAGUUUGUGGAGCUGUGACCGACUCCAGAUCAAAUGGGGAAUGUCUGUGGCUGUGUCAGAGCUGAGAAAGAAGAACAGUAUUUAGAUCCUGCCAAAACUCCUUUGAGCCCUGAGAAAUACUCCCCUGGAAGAAAAUAUUUCAGAAGAAAACCGGACCAGAAGAUUGUAGGGGAUGCAGAGCCAGCAGAUCGAGACAGUGAAAAUGAGGGCAAGAAGAAGAAUGUGCUUUUAUCCACAGGAGGGGUACAGGAUGGAGCUGCUGUCCAGGUCCCCACGCUGUGGGACAGUGCUCAACAAGAGCAGACAGAAGCUGUGGCUGAUGAUGUUGAACAGAAACUUUACCGAGUGAAGACUUCGCCUGCUAAAGACAGACAGACACAAGUACAAGUCAGUGCACCAAAAGACAGUGUUCCAUGUUGUGCAAAGAGAAAAAGACAUUUAACUGAUGUCAACUCCGGAGAAAUAACAUUCCAGAGAAAAACUGAUGUUUUUCCUUUCCGGAAGGCAGCCAGCCUAAGUUCCGUCCACGGUGGUACAGAGGGACCUUUGGGGAACAGUGGGCUUGCAAACAAGUCAUCAGGACACUAUCUCAGUGUUCAAAAAAGGCAAAACCCUGAGCGGUCUUGCCUUUGUGCCGCAGACCACUUUCGGUGCAAAGAAAGGAGCUGUCAGUCUCUGUGCCCCACUGCGUCCUGCGUUUCUAAGGACACAGGUGGAGAUGAGAUAUCUGAUAUCCAUGUCACGGGAGAGUCAGAGGACAUGUCUGCAAAAGAGAGAUUGCUGUUAUGGACUCAGCAGGCAACCGAGGGCUAUGCUGGAGUACGGUGUGAAAAUUUCACUACUUGCUGGAGAGAUGGGAAACUGUUUAAUGCCAUCAUUCAUAAAUACAGGCCGGACCUGAUAGACAUGAAUACUGUUGCUGUUCAAAGCAACCUUGCAAAUUUAGAGCAUGCUUUUUAUGUAGCUGAAAAAAUUGGUGUUAUAAGACUUCUGGACCCUGAAGAUGUUGAUGUCUCUUCUCCUGAUGAAAAGUCAGUAAUAACUUACGUGUCUUCUCUCUAUGAUGCGUUCCCUAAAGUCCCCGAAGGUGGCGAAGGCAUUGGUGCAAAUGAUGUUGAAGUCAAAUGGAUCGAAUACCAGAAUAUGGUAAACUACCUCAUCCAAUGGAUUCGACACCAUGUGGCCACAAUGUCUGAGCGGACAUUUCCUAAUAACCCUGUGGAGCUAAAGGCACUUUAUAAUCAGUACCUACAAUUUAAAGAAACAGAAAUCCCACCAAAGGAGACAGAAAAAUCAAAAAUUAAGCGACUAUAUAAAUUGUUAGAGAUUUGGAUAGAAUUUGGACGCAUCAAACUGCUUCAAGGUUAUCAUCCAAAUGACAUAGAGAGAGAGUGGGGAAAGCUCAUUAUUGCCAUGCUCGAGAGAGAGAAGGCUCUUCGUCCAGAAGUAGAAAGGCUGGAGAUGCUUCAGCAGAUCGCCAGCCGGGUUCAAAGGGACAGCAUCAUCUGUGAAGACAAACUGAUCCUUGCUCGAAAUGCUCUCCAGUCUGAUUCUAAGAGGUUAGAAUCAGGGGUGCAGUUUCAGAAUGAAGCAGAAAUUGCUGGGUAUAUACUUGAAUGUGAAAACCUUUUACGGCAGCACGUAAUCGAUGUGCAGAUCCUUAUUGAUGGGAGAUACUAUCAGGCAGAUCAGUUGGUACAGAGGGUGGCAAAGCUGCGGGAUGAAAUCGUGGCCUUACGGAAUGAAUGUUCCUCGGUGUAUAGCAAAGGACGCAUGCUGACCACAGAACAGACCAAGCUCAUGAUAUCAGGAAUCACUCAGAGUUUAAACUCAGGAUUUGCACAGACCUUAAAUCCUUGUCUGAACUCAGGGCUGACCCAGAGUUUAACGCCUUCCCUGACCUCCUCUAGUGUAACUUCUGGGCUGUCAUCGGGGAUGACUUCCCGCCUCACUCCGUCUGUCACUCCAGCUUACACACCUGGUUUCCCGUCGACAUUAAUUCCGAAUUUCAGUUCAGGAGUGGAGCCAAAUUCAUUGCAGACUCUGAAAUUGAUGCAGAUCAGAAAACCCCUUCUUAAAUCGUCUUUGCUGGAUCAGAAUUUAACAGAAGAGGAGGUCAACAUGAAAUUUGUCCAGGAUCUUUUGAAUUGGGUCGAUGAGAUGCAGGUGCAGCUGGACCGCACUGAAUGGGGCUCAGAUUUGCCAAGUGUUGAAAGCCAUUUAGAAAAUCACAAAAAUGUUCACCGAGCUAUUGAAGAAUUUGAGUCUAGCCUUAAAGAAGCUAAAAGCAGUGAGAUUCAAAUGACAGCUCCUCUUAAGCUAACUUAUACAGAAAAGUUGCACAGGCUGGAGAAUCAGUAUGCAAAACUUUUGAAUACAUCCAGGAAUCAGGAACGGCACCUUGACACACUCCAUAAUUUUGUAACUCGUGCAACUAAUGAGCUUAUCUGGUUGAAUGAAAAAGAAGAGGAGGAAGUUGCUUAUGACUGGAGUGAGAAAAAUACCAGCAUAGCUCGGAAAAAAGAUUACCAUGCAGAAUUAAUGAGAGAACUUGAUCAAAAGGAGGAAAAUAUUAAAUCGGUUCAGGAGAUAGCAGAGCAGCUACUUCUAGAAAACCACCCGGCUCGGUUGACAAUUGAGGCCUACAGAGCAGCAAUGCAGACGCAGUGGAGCUGGAUCUUACAGCUCUGCCAGUGUGUGGAGCAGCACAUAAGGGAGAACACUGCGUAUUUCGAGUUUUUCAAUGACGCCAAAGGAGCUACCGAUUCCCUACGGAACCUAAAAGACGCCAUUCAGCGGAAGUACAGCUGUGAUAGGUCCAGCAGCGUCCACAAGCUGGAGGACCUCAUCCAGGAAUCAAUGGAAGAGAAAGAAGCGCUUCUGCAGUACAAGAGCACAGUAGCCAGCCUGAUGGGGCGAGCGAAGGCGGUCGUUCAGCUGAAGCCAAGGAACCCGGACUGUCCACUCAAAACCUCCAUCCCCAUCAAAGCCAUCUGUGACUACCGACAGAUUGAGAUAACCAUUUACAAAGAGGACGAGUGUGUUCUGGCGAACAACUCUCAUCGAGCUAAAUGGAAGGUCAUCAGCCCUACGGGGAAUGAGGCCAUGGUCCCGUCUGUGUGCUUCUCUGUUCCUCCACCCAACAAAGACGCUGUUGACUUUGCAAACAGACUUGAACAGCAGUAUCAGAACGUCUUGACGCUUUGGCACGAGUCGCACGUUAACAUGAGGAGUGUGGUGUCCUGGCAUUAUCUUGUCAGUGAAAUUGAUAGAAUUCAAGCCAGCACUGUGGCCUCAGUAAGUACGAGGGUGCACGUCCACCCAAGAACAUGGGGCACCUUGUGGGUGGAGUUUGAAUCUGCUCUAAACUAGAAUGGAGCCCCGUGAGAGCCACGCUAACAUUCCGCGUUCAGUGACUGCGUGAGCAAGGUACUUUCUAAGAAUUGGGGAGC